UAGUAUUUCUUUUGUAUUUAAGAUUUGGCUCUUUCCAAGCACGGUAUUGCCGACAUCAAAAACGCGAUGACAAUACCUUUCACAACGAACUAUACAUAAACGAACACGUGGCCACAGAAGAUAUUUCAAAUGUUAAUGCUGAUCAGGCAAUGUCUACUCAAAACACUGACCCAGUUUAUGCUAAUACAUCAUUGCUAGACACUCGCCUUAAUGGAGUCAAAGCUCCAAAUGAUGUGGAAUAUUACAAUUUCAUGCCUACCAAACGGACUCCCCAUGCAGUUUCUAUAUCAGAACUGGAAAAUGUUAUGAAGGAAAAAUGUCUGAUUGAAGGAUAUUUCAAAUCUCAGUUUGAGACUAUAUCUACGGGAUUACUCCAUCCAACAACGGUGGCAGAAAGGCCAAGGAACAUACAUAAAAACAGAUAUAAGAAGAUGUAUCCAUAUGAUCACUCUCGUGUUAAGCUGAAUGAACUGCCAGGGCAACCCGAUUCCGACUACAUAAAUGCCAGCUUUAUAAAGGGUCAAGACAAAGACAUGACCUAUAUUGCCUCACAAGGCCCUGUUAAAGAAAACGUCAAUGACUUUUGGAGAAUGAUAUGGGAAAUGGAUGUGAGGACGGUAGUCAUGGUAACUAACCCUGUAGAGAAUGGAAAGAUGAAAUGCAUUCGGUAUUGGGGUGAUAAGGAUGUAGUCGUACCAUAUGGAAACAUAAAUGUAAAAAUGGAGUCUGAAAAUAUAUAUGCGGAGUUUAUUGUCAGAGAUUUGAUGUUGUUUCAUCAGGAAGACGAGGUCACGGAAAAGAACAUUACACAGUUUCAUUUCACAGCUUGGCCAGACAAGGGCGUUCCAAGAUCAAGUUCAAGCUUGUUGCAGUUUUGGAGAAAAGUGAGGCAUAAUGAUGAAAAUAAGGAUCAUAUAUGGCUAGUUCACUGCAGUGCUGGUGUUGGUAGAACUGGUACAUUUCUUGCCACGGAUAUAUUGUUUGAUCAAGGAGAAAAGAUGGGAUUCGUUGAUGUGUACAAAUGUGUGAAAGAUCUGAGAGAACAACGAGUCAAUCUGGUUCAAACACACGAACAAUAUAUGUACCUUCACAAACUUAUGCUGGAAGUAUUCAGCUUUCCUUCCAAGCCGGUCAAUUCGGAUGAAUUUAUGACGUCAUAUCAUCAGCUGCAGAAAAAAGACAAAAAGUCAGGAAAAAUGAAAUUAUGGAUCGAAUAUAUGUCAAUGGAAAGUGGGGUAACUUGGCCAACAGCAGUAAACGAUGAGCAGGAGGCUGAAAACAGCGAAUCAACUUUGGAUAUACCAGCUGACGCCUUCAGGCCUAUUUUAUCGAACUUUGUUCCUGGCAGUUCAAACAUGAUAAAAGCCACCUAUGUUCCAAGCUACUACGACAUGUAUGGGUAUAUCACUGCACAAUGGCGUCCUCAAUUCAAAAUGCAGACUUGUCGUCUAGUUUUUGAGAAACAAAUUGGGACUGUCGUCACGUUUCCAACUGACCAACGAGAUGAUGAGAUUUUCUUUGAGGAGGCAGUGUCGGAAAGCGACCCUUUUGUUGUGAUUUGCCAGUCAAAGAUACAGAAGAAACAUUACAUUGUAAAAGACCAUGUCUUACAGACUAGGAACGGGAAACAUCAUUUCAAAGAAGUUAUUUUCAAAUGUUGGUCGUCUGAGAGUCUUGUACCAGAGGACCCACAGGCUGUAUUGGAUUUAGUGACAGAGGUUGAUGCUCAGCGAAAUCACUCGUCCGCGGAUUGGAGAAAGUCUGUCCUAUUUCAGUGCUGGAAUGGUGUCGAUAGAUCUGGGUUAGUUGCUGUGUUAAUGAAUGUGUUGGAUCGAGCAAGAGUUGAUAAAGAAGUGUCAAUCCCACAGGUUAUACGUCAGUUAAGAUACAAUAAGAAGGAACUCAUUACCAGUUUUGAGCAGUAUAAAUUCUGUUAUGACGUGUUGUACUGUCGUCUUGAGAGUAAUGCGACAUAUGCAAAUGUGUAAUAAAAACAAUGAAUAUAUACACACUUGUGACAAGAAACAAAAA